GAGAUGAUCCGUCUCCAGACACACAUGAGGGCGGAGGUGUUCCUCCUCUCGUCUCGCCUUAUCCCUCUCUCCUCCCCACUCUUCCCCACUCGACCCACCCACGGCCACCGCCGAUGAUGUCCAUCACCUCCACCGCCGGGACCCCGCUCUGCCCGCCGCCCGUCUCCAGGGGCGGACGGCGCGGAGGCAGGUUGUGCGCCGUCCGAGCCCAAGCGGCCGGAGACGGGGGAGCGGCGGAUUCGUCGGAGCAAAAGUCCGUGGAGAUAAUGCGCAAGUUCUCGGAGCAGUACGCCCGCCGCUCCAGCACCUUCUUCUGCUCCGACAAGUCCGUCACCGCCGUCGUCAUCAAGGGGCUUGCUGACCACAAGGAUCAACUCGGAGCUCCUCUCUGCCCCUGCAGGCAUUACGACGACAAGGCCGCCGAGGCGGCCCAAGGCUUCUGGAACUGCCCGUGCGUCCCCAUGCGAGAAAGGAAGGAGUGCCAUUGCAUGCUUUUCCUUACGCCCGACAACGAUUUUGCCGGAGAGGACCAGGCCAUCAGCUUGGAGGAGAUCAAGGAGGCGACGUCCAAGUACUAACCAGAAAACGCCUGUUUUUGCUCGAGAGGGGGAUAUAGUCGGUCGGUCGGUCGUCGUUGUCGGACCUGUAUAUGUAGUAUCUCUGUAACAGCAGCAGGAAAAUAAAAAUUUGUGUCUGGAAUGAUGUCUGUUGUCAUCCGUCUCGAGAGAAAUUAAGGCCUGAUGGUUGCAUUCCCCGGCUUGUCAAUGUUACCAAAUUUAUUGCGUGUUUUUGGGCUCGCGUAAAGCCUACUCCAUUGUGAUAGGAAGGAAGCAAGGAAGGAAGGAUGUUGUGUGAAA